UGGUGGCGAGUGAGCGCAGGUAGGCUACUUGUGCUCAUGUCAAAACAUAGUCCACUAUUAAAUCACGGGCCCGAUGAGAACAGAGCGAAGCGGCGUUUAUUAGGAACCUCGAAAUAAAGGAACAUCUGCCAUGUCUCACAGACUGGGCCAUAAGAGACACGGGAGUAUCGACCUCCUGGAGGUGAUCGGGGUGGUCAACGAGAAGGGCAGUCAGGGUUAUCUUCCUCCUGUGCACACCCCUCUGACCUAUGAUUAUGUGUUGGUGGCUAACAACGUGCAUGACGCAAGCAGUGAGACGUUCAAGAAACAGGUGGCUUUUGUGAAUGCCCUGAAAUCAAAGAAGCUGAAAAUAUCGAAAAUUCCAGAUGACGAGAAAGUGUUUUAUGGGAUUAAAGCACCCAAGGAGAUCUUUGAGCAGUACAGAUACCUGCUAAAGGUGUCUGACGCCUGUAACUGGAGUUAUGAACAGCAGGGCUGUGUACCACUUUCCACAAGGAUAAGGAUAGUGAACUUCAUCUUGCACCACACCUGCAUCAGUGACACAGGAGAAUACUUGCAAGACCUGAUGAAGAAGAAUGUAUUUGAGGCUGAGUUCUGUUUACACGAGAAAAAAGAACAGAAAGAACUGAGAAAGAGUUGGGCACGGUGGACUGCUUGUUUCCAAGGGCAACCAAUUACCAAUGUCAGGAACUACUUUGGUGAGAAAGUGGCUCUGUAUUACCUGUGGCUGGGUUGGUACACCUUUCUCCUGAUUCCUGCUGCUGUGCUUGGGGUUAUUGUUUUCCUAUAUGGGCUGGCCUUCUACAAUACCAGCCCCUUGAUAAAGGAGGUGUGUGACUCAAACACUAUCAUGUGUCCACUAUGUGACAAGUGCAAAGUGUGGCAUCUUUCAGAAAUAUGCGAUUAUGCAAAGGUGAAUCUUCUUUUUGAUAACGAGGGUACAGUGGCAUUUGCCAUGUUUAUGGCUGUGUGGGCCACAGUUUUCCUAGAGUUCUGGAAGAGACACAGAGCCUCUUACGUGUGCGAGUGGAAGGUUUUUGACUGGUCAGAAGAGGAGGAGGAACUGAUUAUGGAGAUUGUAAACAACCCUGACUGUGAACCCAAACAGCACAAACACUCCUACCUUCGUAGCAUCCUUGUCAUGGUGUUUGUCACCUUUAUGUUGGUGCUGAUCAUUGGUCUGGCCCAUGCCUUGGUUGUGUUCCGAGUAAUUGCAGCAGUUCAGCUGACCGACAGCAGCUGGGAGUUCGUGAGUGAUCACGCCAGCCUCGUAGCGCUCAUGUUGGGGGCUGUGUUACACUACCUCACCAUCACCAUCAUGACACGGGUCAAUCGGAUAGUGGCUAUCAAGCUGUGUGACAUAGAGCGGGUGCGUUCCAAUGCUGGCACGGAGCGCAGCUUUACAGUGAAGAUGUUCACCUUCCAGUUCUUCACCCUCUUCUCCUCCCUCAUCUACACAGCCUUCUUCCUGGGAAGGAUAAACGGCCAUCCAGGAAAGUACACCAAGUUAGUGGGCAAGUGGAGGCUGGAGGAGUGUCACCCAGGAGGCUGUCUGAUUGACCUGUUUAUUCAGAUGGCUGUUAUCAUGGUCCUGAAGCAGAUCAUCAACAAUGUGUUUGAGAUCACUGGACCUUGGCUGUCUCGCUGGAUGAAGCGGCGGAAGCUUUCACGCAAGAAGCGGAGGUGUGUAAACUGCUACGUGAAGGAGAACCAGGAGCCCAAGGUGGGCAUGCAGCUGUGUGACAACUGCAAACUGCAGGACCUGCAACGCAACUACCGCCUCAACAAAGUGGACUGCUUCAGCCUCUUCAAUGAAUUCCUGGAGAUGGUAAUCCAGUUCAGCUUCACCACCAUCUUUGUUGCUGCGUUCCCUCUGGCGCCUCUCCUCGCCCUUCUCAACAACAUCAUUGAGAUCCGACUGGACGCCAUCAAGAUGGUGAGCCUGGAGCGCCGCCUAGUGCCCCAGAAGACCAACAACAUCGGCGUGUGGACCACUGUGUUAGAGGCAGUGGGAGUUCUGGCGGUCAUCGCUAACGGCCUAGUGAUUGGUAUUUCAUCAGACUUCAUCCCUCGGCUGGUCUAUAAGUACUACUACGGCCCGUGCUACAACUCCACUGAGCCAAGUGUCAACUGUAUGUCGGGCUACAUCAACAAUACUCUGUCCACCGUGCAGGUGAAUGACCCAGGACUUAAUUUCCAUCUUAGUCAACUGAUGACAGAUGAAAUCCACAAUGUGACUCACUGCAGCUAUAAGGACUACCGCAGCAGUGAGGAUUACAGCCUAACCCCACAGUUCUGGCUCAUCUUGGCUGUGAGACUGGCCUUCGUCAUACUGUUUGAGCAUGUAGUGGUGAUUUGUAAGUUCAUUGCCGCCUGGUUUGUCCCAAGUUCAUCACUUCAGGUGAAAAACACAAGACUUCACGACAAGCUGAAGAGGCUAAAGGAAGAGUUAAGCGGAGAAACCUUCUACUGAAGAAAAAGAUUGUUUCUUUUGGGACCCUAUAUAAGGAGGGAUCCAGGCUAAUCAGGAACUCUUGAACUAAUGGUGUUUUUGAUAAGUGAAGAAGUCUGUUAUGUCUAUACAGAAGCAACUGUAAAGGAAAAUGAAGUGUCAAAGGCAGAUUCAACUCUAAGAAAAACAUCUAACCUAUUUUAUUCAAACUACUGAAUUUGGCCCCUCAAUAAAGGGGUUAAAAAAGUAAAGAAAAUAAUAGAAAUGAAAAGGAAUGAGUGCUGAUGAGAACUUGCACCUGUGCCUUCACUGUGAAAUAUUGAGUUGGUCAGCCUGGCCUGUAGCCACACCUUUGCUGGAAUGUGUUGAGGGACAGUGCAACUGUUCAACAACAAUGUGGCUGCAAUUAAACCCGUUCUACUGCAGCUGUUUUUUUUUUAUCUGUUCAAUUAUGAUUCAUCAUCUGUAGCAUAGUAACAGAUGUUGUAUCAUAUAAAGUCUGUCUAUUACCCUCCUCCAGGGAGUUAUACAGUGAUUUACUGUAAAUAUUAUAUGUACUAUUAAUAUUGUAAAUAAUUCCUAGGCUAUAAAACCACGUUUGAGAGCCUGAAAUUAUGACUUGUAAUUGAAUACAAUGUACAAUUGUUUGGAAAGUGAAGGAUUUUGUACUUUUUAUAUGAAUAAAAUUGAAAUAUAAAUGUA